UAGAUCUCUUUCUCUCUUUAUUUGACAAAAAAAAUCUCUCUCUCUUUCUCCUUACACGCCCCCAUCUCCAGUUUCCUACAUCUCCCUCUCUUUUCUCAGGUAAGCCUAAACUUGGACCUCCUUUACCAUUUCUAUUCUUCCUCAAAUCCAAACCCCCAUUCGAAGUAAAUACCAAAAAGGAGCAGACUUUUCCUCAUCAAAGAUCAAAACGAUACUGCAAAGUUCCCUCAAUUUCAAUUGGGGGAUUCGAAAAUUGUCACCAUGGCCAGAGGCAUAGCCAGAAUCUUCCAUAGAGCCUAUAAUACUUCCAGAGCUAGGCUUCUGUCUUUCACCCACACUUGCAGAGAAACCCAUUGCAGAUCUCUUGCUAAUCCCGAAUCUCAUCUUCUCCCCACGACCCGGUUCUCUUCCGACAGUCCCGUCCGGGUUCACCUUCCAUGGAACGAUUACACACUCGGGUUUCGUAAAGUUCGAUCCUUUUCUUCAACGGUGGACAAUAACGGCGAAAACGACGAGAACAAACUCGAAGAAGAAGAAAGUCUUCUUGGUUCUGGCUCCGAGAGUGACGGUUACGACGAGGAAGGCGUUGUGGUUAACGAGCUCGGCGAUGUAGAUGAUUCUGAUUCAUCUCUUGUUUCCGAUGCGUUUUCUAAUAACAACAACACUGCAGAGAGUAGCGAAGCUGCUCGUGCUCUAAACGCUGCGUUUCACGACCCCGUGCAGCUAUACAAAGACCUUAGAGGAAAUAAAGUCCGUUCUAACCUCCAGCGCAACGAGUGGGACACGUUACACGAGAUCUUCGCCUACUUCUCCCAGUCCGGUUGGGCGGCUAACCAAGCUCUCGCAAUCUACAUAGGCAAAUCGUUUUUCCCAACAGCUGUCACCAAGUUCCGUGACUUCUUCUUCGAGAAGACGUGUGACCUCGAGGUCGUUCGAGGUCUCGUCCGCGUUGGUCCCACGGAUGACGCCGUUAAGUUCCUCUUCCCCGUGUUUGUCGAGUUCUGUAUCGAAGAGUUCCCCGAAGAGAUCAAACGUUUCAAGAGCGUUGUUGAUUCUGCAGACCUCACAAAGCCAGCUACUUGGUUUCCUUUCGCUCGUGCUAUGAAGCGUAAGAUCGUUUACCACUGUGGACCGACGAAUAGCGGGAAGACUUAUAAUGCUUUGCAGAGGUUUAUGGAAGCUGAGAACGGUUUGUACUGCAGCCCGCUUAGGCUGUUAGCGAUGGAGGUUUUCGAUAAAGUGAAUGCGUUAGGUGUUUACUGUAGUCUUUUGACCGGACAGGAGAAGAAACACGUCCCCUUCGCGAGGCAUGUUUCUUGUACCGUUGAGAUGGUGUCUACGGAUGAGUGUUACGAAGUGGCUGUGAUCGAUGAGAUUCAGAUGAUGGCUGAUCCUAGCAGAGGUCACGCUUGGACCAAAGCUCUGCUUGGUUUAAAAGCAGAUGAGAUUCAUCUAUGCGGAGACCCGAGUGUUUUGGAGAUUGUGCGUAAGAUGUGUAGCGAAACGGGAGAUGAGUUAGUGGAAGAGCAUUACGAGAGGUUUAAACCGUUGGUGGUUGAAGGUAAGACGUUACUAGGAGAUCUCAAGAACGUUAAGUCGGGCGAUUGCGUUGUCGCCUUCUCGAGGAGAGAGAUAUUCGAAGUUAAAAUGGCGAUAGAGAAACACACGAAGCAUCGCUGCUGUGUCAUCUACGGUGCGUUGCCUCCUGAGACGAGGAGACAGCAGGCGAAUCUGUUCAACGACCAAGAGAACGAGUACGAUGUGUUGGUCGCUAGCGAUGCCGUUGGGAUGGGGCUGAACCUCAACAUAAGACGGGUCGUGUUCUACAGUCUGAGCAAGUAUAACGGCGAUAAGGUGGUGCCUGUGCCUGCUUCACAGGUGAAACAGAUCGCCGGGAGAGCUGGGAGGAGAGGAAGCCGUUAUCCGGAUGGACUCACCACGACGCUACACUUGGAGGAUCUGACUUAUCUGAUAGAGUGUCUGCAGCAACCGUUUGAUGAAGUUAGAAAAGUGGGGCUGUUCCCUUUCUUUGAACAGAUCGAGCUCUUCGCCGCGAAAGUACCCGACAUGGCGUUUUCGAAGCUCUUGGAGCAUUUUGGGAAGCACUGCAGGCUGGACGGUUCUUACUUCCUGUGCCGUCAUGAUCACGUCAAGAAAGUAGCAAACAUGCUGGAGAAAGUACAAGGGUUGUCUCUAGAAGACCGGUUUAACUUCUGUUUUGCACCUGUUAAUAUCAGGAACCCGAAAGCGAUGUACCAUUUGUACCGGAUGGCGUCUACUUACAGUCAAGAUAUGCCGGUUAACGUGGCGAUGGGGAUGCCGAAGAGUUCCGCUAGGAACGAUACGGAGCUGCUUGAUUUGGAGAGCAGACAUCAGGUUUUGUCGAUGUAUCUUUGGUUGUCUAAUCAGUUCGAAGAGAAGAACUUUCCGUUUGUGGAGAAGGUUGAAGCGAUGGCGACGAAUAUUGCGGAGUUGUUAGGUGAGUCUUUGACUAAAGCGAAUUGGAAGAUGGAGUCGAAAGAAGAGGUGAUGAAGGGUCAGAAGAAGGAAGAGGGAGGAGGAUAUGAGAGACCAGCUUCACUGAUCAAGUUAAAGUUAGUUCGUAAUAAGUAAAGCAAAUUCAAGAUUGUGUGUUUGAGAGAAUCUUUUGUAGGUUUUGUGGAUUUUGCUGAAAGUUUUGUCUUCAACUAGUUGUAAUAAAAAAAAUGGGUAUCAAAUCUUAA